UGUUUGAUCCGGGGUUGUUUUGUGAUAGGUUGCCACUCCCCUCAGACCGGAUGGUUUUCAAAUCAAGAUUAUGACACCUCUGUUGUGUUAGGAGCGUCUCUCAGUCUGAUCGUUAGUCAAUGAGGGUGCUAUCUAUAACGUCACACACGCGCAUCCUGACCAAACGCGCGUGAGAAGAAAGACGCGCACCCUGAGCAGAAACGUGCACACGCACAAACGCGUACACACAUCCUGAGUGGACACGCCCACCCGUAUGUAGGUAAAAAGUGAGAAUGUUGCGAAAAUUUGGCUAUGACUUCACGUCUUUUGGAAAUCCCACAACGGAACAGAACAUCUACGAUCUUCUAAGCAUUGAGAGCAUGGCCUUUUCAAUAGAACAAGACCAGCCUAUCUGACACAAUUGUCUGUGAAAACGUAUCAAACAAACGCGACCCUUCCAGGACAGUUCUAUUGAGUUUAUUUCCGACGACGAGUCUCCUACAACGUCCGUGCUAGGCCUAAGAACGGUGGAACAUCCGGAAUCUAUCCAAAAGCCGAUAGCUGUAGUAACCCCACAGCUCAGACCAGUUUUACAAACUACGCAAGACACCGGUACAACGUCUGACUACGCUGACUACGAUGGUUCAAAUGUUUUGGAAGCCGUCUUCGAAGGAGUAGGAAACUACUUUCAAUCCGUUGAAGAAAAUUUCAACAUUGGAGAUGUCGGUGCUAACGUAACCGGAGGUGGCUUUGAAGGACAAGAAAAUUUCAACAUUGGAGACACUCUUCAGGAUUUUUUUCAGCUAAGGGAUAGAAUAACUGAAAACUUUGAGCAUGUCUACAGCGCACUGCAAAACACUUCUGACAAUGAGUAUGUUCAAUCCUUGCGUAAUACUCUGGAAUCCUUAAAUUGGUGUGUUAUGGUGAAUAAAGAAUUGUUAAGACAUUAUUAUUUUAGAAAUGGCUCAGAAGCGUUCGAGUAAUUCUCCCUCUUCAGAAGCUAAAAAAAUUAGAAUUGAAAAUGACCCUACAUCGUCACAUGAUCUCUGCUUUGGUGAAAAUUCGACUUUUUCAAGUAGUCUGUUACAACGUGACCCGUACACAAACCUGAAUCCCUUUUUAACUGAUGCAAUCAAUGAGUUGAAUGAUGGUUUAAGAGCGACACUUAGACAUGAUAUUCAGAGCCCUAAUCCGGGGUUGACCGAUAAUUUAACAGCGACACAAACACAGCUGCCUCAUCAUGACGUGUUCUUAGAAUUGAAUCAGAGUCUGUUAACGUUGCAGAAUAGUCUAAAUGAUCAAGAUCAACCUGUGCAGUUAAAUCCCUUUUUGAUAGAAGCUGUAAACCAAUUGAACGAUAGUUUUAACUUAUCUAACGAACAAAGUGUCAUUAAUGCAACACUUCCGGUAACAUGUCAACAUCAAGAACCUGCAUCUCAACAAGAUUUGCUUCACGGUCUUAAUCAAAAUCUUAUUUUGUUAAAUGACAAUAUCAUUAACUUAAUCAACCAACCUGUUAAUGUUCUGCAAAAUCCCGAAACUGAUCAUGAGUACAUUCCUGAAAUGGUAAAUGAUACAUCAGUAAACGCGCCGCCACCUAGUGUUGAAAAUGUACCCUUAGAUCACGUAGACAAUGCCCCAACUAGUGUUGAAAAUGUACCCUUAGCUCACGUAGACAAUGCGACACCUAGUGUUGAAAAUGUACCCUUAGAUCACGUAGACAAUGCGCCACCUAGUGUUGAAAAUGUACCCUUAGAUCACGUAGACAAUGCGCCACCUAGUGUUGAAAACAAUCAAAUAGGCCAUGGUGUAGAUAGUAAUAUUAGGAUAAUUAAUCGUGGCAACUUCAAUAACACAGAGAUCAUAAGAAGAGUGAAUUUUUCUUCUAUCGCUAAUGUCAACAGUUUUGCUGAAUUUUAUAAUUAUGUUUUAGAGAUUUUAAACAGCGUGAUAGAAGUUGCGAAUGAAAUGAUUUCACCUAAGGAUUAUGUCACCGUUGAAAUUAGAGGUGUUACACUCAAUGUGUCAUCUCACAUUCAACUAGUCAAUGGAGCCAUCGAUUUACAGUCUUUUUUGACCAUGCUCGAAAAUACCAUUCAAAGUAAUCGUGACAUAUUUACGGAUAAAUCGCUUGAACUGGUAGUACAGAUAGUUCGACCACCUCGCGGUGGUAUAGGUUGUAGACGGAAAGUUGCUACAAUAUUCAAUUCAGAAGUUGUACAGAAGAAGAUGCGACACUUGUAUAUUUUUUACAAUAAAGACAUGUGCUUUGCAUUAUGCGUUACACAGCUUUUAAAUCGUGAUAAAAGCGAUUUUCAAAAUGAAAAAAUUGCUAAACAGCUCCAAUACGUUGUAGGUUUAACUGAAAACACACCCGUCACCUUUGCCGAUGUGAGUAAAUUUGAGGCACAUGUACAGUGUAAAAUUGUAAUUGUGUACAAAACUAGCGAUAAAGCAGGAUUCUCUUUCUUUCAAACCAGCAAGACACCACAUGAAAAAACGUUGUACUUGUUUUUGCAUGACAAUCAUUAUUACGGUGUUAAAAACAUCACUGGAUUUUUGGGAUGUAGUUACGUCUGUCAUUUCUGUCACUCGGGGGUUAAGGAUAUGCGGAACCAUAGUUGUGCAUAUAGUUGUAACGUUUGUUGUGAUGUAGACUGCUACAAACACCCUCAAAACAUAACAAAAUGCCCGGAUUGUAUGAGGUUGUGUAGAUCAAAAUAUUGUUUCGAUAGUCACAAAGCGUUGCGCCAGUCAGAAGGAGGUGAAUUUUCUCAGUGCAAUAGAGGAUUCUACUGCAGCAAGUGUAAUAGUGUGUACAACAACCCAUUUGGUCUUAAACGUCACGUUUGCCCUGAGAGUUUGUGUCAGUUCUGUGGUGAAAAACUUGAAACAGAUUGUGAACACAGGUGUUUUAUACAGCCUUUAAAGAGGGAAAAGUCUAAUAGGAGAUAGAUCUUUUAUGAUUUUGAAACUAGACAGGAAACGGGUACUCAUUCAUCUAAUUUCUUAUGCUGUAUUAAUUACCGUGGUCAGACAUAGGUGUUUUCAGGUGACACAUGCAUCACAGCGUUUUUUUAGACAUUUCCGCCGUGGGAGAUUCAGAGGUUAUACCUUUAUAGCGCAUAAUGCUAGAGGGUUUGAUUCUUACCUUUUGCUAAACCAUUUAGUGAAAGAAGGAAUCAUGCCCAAGAUUAUUGCACAAGGCAGAAAGAUACUGUGUUUCACUGAUACCGAUUUCAACCAGAAAUACAUCGAUAGCCUGUCUUUCUUAGCCAUGAAGCUUAGCAAUCUUCCUAAGGCCAUGGGGUUCUCAGAAAAAAAGAAAGGUUAUUUUCCUAAUUUCUGGAACACAUUAGAAAAUCAAAACUAUGUAGGGCCGUACCCCAAACCUCGGUUUUAUGGUGUGGAUAACAUGAUGUCUAAAGACAGGGAGGAUUUUUUCAAGUGGUAUGCGACGGUGUCUGACAAAGUUUUUGAUUUCAAGAAAGAGAUGACUGAAUACUGUGUAAAUGACGUAGACAUUUUGAGAAAAGGUUGUAUAGCUUUCAGAAAUGAAAUUCAAAAAAGUACAACGGUGGAUCCUUUAAUUCUAUUACGAUUGCUUCCGUUUGUCUUAAGAUAUUUAGAACAAUGUUUCUCGAAAAAAACGUUCUCGCCAUUCCACCUCUUGAUAAUUACAUCAACAGGCAGAAAUCUUACUCAACACCUGCCAUUCAGUGGCUCGAAUACAUUUCCGCCACACAUAACCUACCUAUUCAACAUGCUCUGAACAAAGGUGAAGUCAGGUUCGGUUCAUAUUUCGUUGACGGAUAUUGUGAAGUGGGUCAGACGAGUAAGGCUUUUGAGUUUCUCGGUUGUUUUUAUCACGGCUGUGAAAAGUGCUUUCCCUCAUCAGCACCGCAUCCUCUUAACCGCAAAGUUAGCUUUGGUGAUGUCAGGGUUAAGUCGUUGGAAAAGAUAUUGCAACGUAUAUAAAGUAUAAAGUAUUUGCAAGACACACACAAUUUGCAUGUCACAAUGCUCUGGGAGCACGAGUGGUGUGAAAUGAAGGAAAACGACGUGAGAGUGAUAAACUUUCUAAAAGAGUUUGACUUUCCCAAAUGUUUAAUCCCUCGAGAUACGGCGGUCGAACAAACGCUUUGCAUUUACACUAUGUAGCACAACCCGGUGAGAGAAUAGAUUAUUACGAUUUCACGUCACUUUAUCCGUAUGUAAACAAGUCGAAAACAUAUCCUAUCGGUCACCCCACAAUCAUUUUUCGUGACUUUGAACCUCUGGAUAAUUAUUUCGGAAUAGUUAGAGCAAAAGUGUUACCGCCUAGAGGUCUGUGGUCUUCUUCCGUACCGUGUAAAUAACAAACUCCUUUUCCCUCUGUGCAGAACAUGCAGCGAGCAACAACUAAAACAUUGCAAUCAUUCAGACCAGGCACGAGCUCUAACGGGUAAGUGGGCCUCCGUCGAGUUAGCGAAAGCCGUCGAGAAAGGUUACCAAAUAUUAAAACUGUUUGAAGUCUGGCAUUUUCCUGAAAGAUCCAAAAACCUGUUUACAGGCUACAUUAAAAUGUUUCUCAAGACAAAGCAGGAAAGUUCAGGGUAUCCAUCCUGGGUAGUCGAUGAAUCCACAAAACGUGAAUACAUUAAAAAUUACGAGUGUAUUGAGGGAAUUGAAUUGCAAGAAAAUAACAUUAACGUAAAUCCUGCCAAAUGGUCUGUGGCUAAACUAGCGUUGAAUUCAUUGUGGGGCAAGAUGUGCCAAAGACCGGACAGAUCAAACACAACUCUGAUCAGAGAUCCUGCAGAAUUUUUAAACUUCAUAUUUUCAGGUAUCUACAACGUUAGUCACUUCUCUUUUUUGUCUGAUGAGGUUGCUCUUGUGCAGUGGCGUUAUGUGGACGAUAUGAUGGUUAAACCGGGGAAUGCUAAUGUGUUCAUAGGUAUUUUCACCACUGCCUAUGCUAGACUUGAACUGUACAAUCUGAUGGAUUGUUUGAACCACCAUUGUUUGUACACCGACACCGACAGCGUCAUUUUUAAAAGUAAAGAAGGGGAUUGGAUGCCGCCUUUGAGCGAUUAUUUGGGGGGUCUUACCAGCGAACUAGACGACGGUGAUCAAAUAGUAGAGUUUGUAAGUGCAGGUCCUAAAACCUACGGUUACAAAACUAAAAAAGGAAAAAAGACAAUGAGAGCUAAGGGAUUUACUCAAAAUUACAACAAUUCCAAAGUUAUCAAUUUGAAAUCAUUGACAGAUCUCGUGAUCGAUCAAGUGAAAUUCCCUGAUAAACCCUGUCAACUUAUAACGUCGCAUAAUCAAAUCACUCGAGAUAAAAAGGGGUUUCAUUUGAGAAACCAGACGCAAGUAAAAAGAUUCAGGGUUGUGUAUGAUAAACGUGUAUUAUUUCCUGAUUUCACAACUCUCCCUUACGGGUAUUGAAACCAAUUUUUUUUUUCUUUUCUUUUCUUUUUGUAUAUAUGAAUGUAUGAAUGUCUGUAAGUUGUUCAUUUGAUGUCUGUAUGCCGUACAUUUGUGAGCACUUGUCAAGGACAAAUAUGAAUGUGACUUCUUUCGACACGAGGCUGCAUCUGCCCUUUCCAUGUAUUGUAUGUGGACCUAGUAAUAGUGGGAAAUCUUAUUUUAUCAAAAUGCUGCUGGAAAAUUGUAAAGAGGUAUUGUCCAAACUUCCUGAAAAUAUUGUAAGGAUUUAUUCAUAUUGGCAACCUUUGUACGA